UCUGUGCCGGUAGUCGGUUGAGCUCGCCCGUGGCGCGUACAUCUCGCGAACGUCGUCGUUCGAGAUACGAAUGAAAAAUUUGAAAAACACGUCGGAAAAAUAAUUGAGUUUGCUAAUGGCCAGUGACAUUUCCUGCACAUCCUGAGUUCAGGAGAAAAUCCGUCAAGCUGCUCUUUCAAUACUGAACAUGUUAAUAUGGAAAUAAACCCAGCUCACCACUCCUAGUAUAAAUAAUGAGUUUUGCUUGAAACACGCAGUAACACAUACUGUAUCUAUAUGCACAGAGAGGCACAAUUCGUCUUUAGAGAUUCUCUUAAACUACGCCAGAAAUUAUUACAAAGAACUAGCAUUUACUUCAAAGUAGUGGAAUUUGUGAAAAAAGACGCGAUUCGGUUCUUCACCUAUGAUUACGAAAUACACCAAACUUAGUAGUGUGUUACUAUGAAUAUAUUCAUAGGCAACGAUUACCACUCAAAGAAUCUCGUCAAAUUGAAACUGCGUUAAUUUUACCACUUAAAAUAAUUGCUUUAAUUCAAUUAACACAAUAGAUUAAUUAAUACAACCAAAGUAAAGACAAUAAUAUUGAAUCUUAAAUUAAUUAACUUAAAAUAUUAGUAGAGAAACCUUAGUUGCCGCCUUAACCUUAAAAUUAUAAAGUAAAAGUCACCUGUCAAAGUUUCCCGCUCGAAAAAAAGAACUACGGCAAAGGAACUUGGAAUAAACAGCCAACAUGUCGGCAAAGGCUGAGCCUAUUGGGCCUAGAAAUGGUCAUGAGCUGGCGCCUCUGAACACGAGGGCCGAUGGAGGGGAGCGCACGCACGGGGUCACCAUAGUGCUGCAGGGCUCCCGGGGGUCCCUGCACCAGGAGGUGCCAGGGGAGGACCGCGCCGCGUGGUCGGGGAAGCUGCAGUUCUUCUUAUCCAUCAUUGGAUACUCCGUUGGAUUAGGAAACAUAUGGCGGUUUCCGUACUUGUGCCAGCAAAAUGGUGGAGGCGCAUUCCUGAUCCCCUACUUCAUCAUGUUGGUGCUGGAAGGCAUCCCUCUGUUCCUGAUCGAGAUGGCGAUCGGCCAGAAGAUGCGUCUGGGGUCUCUGGGCGUGUGGAACACCAUCCACCCGUGGCUGGGCGGCAUCGGGAUCUCCAGCUGUGUGGUGACCCUGUUUGUGGCGCUCUACUACAAUGUUAUCAUCACUUGGGUGCUGUUCUACCUGUUUAAUAGCAUCAGGGUGAGUUGGUUUGUACACCUUCCCUGGGCAGACUGUCCUGCAGACAACGGCACAGCUCAACUCGAGUGCUCCAAGGCCUCAGCCACGGCCUACUUCUGGUACCGCGAAGCCCUGGACGCCUCCCCGAGCAUUGAGGAGCCGGGCGCGCCGCGCUGGUGGAUCGUCAUCUGUCUGCUGCUGGCCUGGAUCAUUGUGUUCUUCAUCGUGAUGAAGGGCAUACAGAGCAGUGGGAAGGUGGUAUAUUUCACGUCUCUGUUCCCAUACGUGGUGCUCACCAUCUUCUUCAUCAGAGGCAUCACGCUGCCAGGCUCUUCCGACGGCAUCAUACACAUGUAUAAACCGAAGCUGGACAAGCUCCUCGACCCGACGGUGUGGCUGGACGCGGCCACCCAAGUCUUCUACUCCUUCGGCCUGGCCUUCGGCUCUCUCAUCGCGUUCGGCUCGUACAACCCCCCCGACAACAACUGCGUCAGGGAUGUACUACUGGUGUCAGUCUGCAAUGCCCUUACUGCCAUCUAUGCGUCGGUGGUCAUCUUCAGCAUUCUCGGCUUCAAAGCGCAUAUUAUGGCGAAUAAGUGCGUUACUGAAGAGAUCACGACCCUGGCGCUCCACCACAUCGGCGGCUUCGCUCUGAACUCCAGCCAGGAGUUCUACAAGCAGCAGCUGCCGCGGCUCCCGGGGAAUGUGACCAGCGCGCUGGCGCUCACCGGCUGCAGCAUCAGCGAUCAGCUCGACAACGCGGCAGAAGGCACCGGCCUGGCCUUCAUUGUCUUCACAGAGGCGAUCACGGAGCUUCCCUUCGCGCCAUUCUGGUCCAUCAUCUUCUUCCUGAUGCUGCUGUCGCUCGGGCUUGGCAGCCAGAUCGGUAUCAUGGAGGGCAUGCUGUGCACGAUAUUUGACAUCGAGUUCUUUAAGAGGAUCAGCAAGCCUGUUAUUACUGGCGUGGUCUGCGUGUUCUGCUUCUUCACGGGCCUGAUCUUCACGACGGGCGCGGGCGAGUACUGGCUCAAGAUGUUCGACUCGUUCGCCGGCACCAUCGGCCUGGUCGUCGUGGCUCUCAUGGAGAUGAUCUCCGUCAUCUACAUCUAUGGACAUGAGAGGUUCUCCAACGACAUCCACGAGAUGACGGGCUACCGGCCGGGCGUGUACUGGCAGGUGACGUGGCGCUACGUGGGCCCCGUCAUCGUGUCCUGCAUCCUGCUCUCCUCGCUCGUCUUCAUGGUGUUGUACCCGCCGACUUAUUCCGCUUGGGACGCUGAUAAGGGCCGCCCAGUAAAGCUGCCAUACCCAGACUGGGUCCUAGGCAUCGCCAUCGCCAUGAUCCUGGCGGGGAUCCUGCCCAUCCCCGUGGUCUUCCUGCUGCGGCGCUUCCAGUGCCUCGCCUUCGACGUGGACAUCCACCAGGGCUCCAUCAGGAGGAUCGAGACCACUGUGUCGACUAAGGAGAUGAUGAGCGACCAGGAUACAUCAGACGAAGAAGGUGAAAUAAGGGCGCCCGGCCGCUUAGAGGAGUCAAGCAGCAGUGAUCAGGAAGAGAUUCUAAAUUCAAUUUUCCCCGCCGGAACCGGGGGCGGCCGCCUUGCCAUGAAGCCCAUUGGCCACAAACCAACGGCUUUCAAGAUGGCCGUCCUCGAUUGACCGUUACCUUACUAACUUCCUUAUCAUUAUUUUAUAGAAAUUAUUUAAGUCAUAAUCGAUAGUAGACAUUGACUGAGCACUGAGGUAGACAUUGGGGUGAAACGUGUUCAUAUUGAAUGUAUCAAUUGUAAGCAGUUUACAUUAUUUUAGGUUAACAGCUAACUUUUCAUUUAUAAAAACUUCCAAAAUAUCCUAAUUAUAAUUGUAUCAUUAUGAAUGUGCCAUUUUUAAGUACUUAUUUAGUAAAGAUGAGGCAGAUAUAGUGAAGAAUGUUCGGUUCGUACAUAUAAUUACUAAAUUAAACAUUAUUAGGCUGUAAGUUGUUGAUAUUUAGGUGUUUCGGAUUAACCUUGUUGAAAAAAAAAACCCUAAUGAAGUUAAAACUUCCUACAUGCGUAUAUUAAUUUAGAAAAGCGUCUAGAAACACGUUGAUUAAUAAUAACGUAAAAAGAAAUAUUUAUUCAUAACGUCCGAUAUUUUGAAAAAAUCGUGUUGUAAAGAAAAAAACUCUUAUGAUUACCUUAAGGGUAAAAUUAAGUGAUUUUUAAGAGAUUACAAAUAAUAAUUAACAACUACUUCAGGGCGAAACAUACCAUUUAAUAAAAAACAGGGGAUUUUCAUAGUAAAAUAAAUAUAAUAUACUUAUUGACUGUCUAAGUAGAGACUUGUGAUUUUUACGUUAAAUGACAUACCUAUGUUCUGUUAAAUUAUCUAAUUUAACCUAUAAAUGGUGCAUGGUUAUUUACGAGGUUUUGAGUUUAUAUUUACCUAUAGUUACUUAUUUUUGAGCAACCGAACAACGUCACAUACGAAACUAGUCGUAUUUAGUAAGUACUCGUGUUUUAUUUAUUAGUUUAGAUUAUGUACCUAAUGGCGUAGAACGCACAGGCUGAGCAAGAUUUAAAUAUGAACUUGUAAAACGUUUCUAGAUUUCUAGCGUAACUAUUAUUACAUCUAUUUCAAUUUGGUCUACCGGCCUUAAAAGCAAUUCUGACGUUAGUAAGAUGCUGUUAUUAUUCAAAAAGCUGUAUGGAAGAUAAAUAUAAAGAAAAAAAUUAAGAAAUCAAUUUGAUAUUGAAAAAAACGUCAGCACUUACUGUCACAAUAUUACCAUAGAAGAAAAGAGCUCAUGAUAGUAAAUGUAGAACACCCUGCAAGCUGCUAAAAUAAAAUCAUGUGAUAGACUUUAUUUACAUUUUAUUUCGAAUAAGUAUAUGAAUGCUACCUGCAUACCUACUUAUAAAAAUAAGAUUUUAAACACAAAUCUAUCUAUAACAAAUACUUAGUUGAAAAUUAAUAACUCUUUAUAAAAGAAAAUUUAAAACAGGUAAAUCAUUAACUGUGUGACAGCUUUUUAAUGUUAUAUUUUUUAUUUAUUUAGUGCUUUACUUGUAUUUUUAAAUCCAAAGAAUAAAUUUAACUACAUACCUUUCUAUCAUGCCUAAGUACCUACAGCUUAAACCUAAACCCCUAAAACCACAUCUUAAGAUAUCAUACAUUACGGGGAAUAAUUUUGGUAGGUUGAUAGGUAAUGAGUAUGAUGGGUACGUCUAAUAUAUUUUAAUGAUUUAACUCAAAUUAUUAAAUAUAUAAUUACUAUGUAUUUGCAAUGUUAUUACAAAUGAAAUUCGUUACCUACUUAAAAGUUAUUUACAAUAAGUAUUUCAAAGGCUUACGAAAAAUUUUGGGUACUUAUCCAAAAAAAAGUGACUAGUAUAUUGGCAGAAUAUUUUUGAAAAGUACUUGUUAGAAAAGCUAUACCAAAUAUCUUGGAUUUUAACCCAACUUCAACUUGUAUUCCCCAGCAUGUGUGCUUGUUUUACCACAGAAUGCAAGCAUAGGUAAAAUAUUACUGCGUAUACAUAAAAAGAACUUAAAUAUAAUCUAUUACGAAUACAAAACCUAAUAUGACGCGCAAUAAAAAGUGUAGUCACACUGAUAUCGAUAUAUAUUUAGUCACAGCUUCUCGCGCGCGCUAUGCUAGACCUCCAGAUAUACUCGCUCAGCUAUACAUAGUAACAUUUUAUCUAUGAUACCAACUGACUUAACCUUAUUGAUAAAUAAUCGUUUAGUAUUUUAAGUGAUUUUGGCUCAAAGGAGCGAAAAUAUGAUUUAUCUUCGUAGUCAGCUUCGGAAUUACAUUCCGUGAUACUUAUACCUAGGCGUAGCUAUAAAGUUAGUGUAAGCAAGACGAAAUUAUUGUAGUGACAAUCCGAAAAUAAAAACAAUUGACACAA